ACUGUGACACUAUGCUCCAAACUUUGUUUUGGUUUUUGGAGCAUGCAUCCUAUCUGAUAUAUAUACACUUUAUUAUAAAGUUGAAAAGUCUUGAAUUCCAAAAGCAUACUUUCUCCCUUUCCCAGUUCCUUUAGUACUAGUUCUUUUCGCCCUUCUUCUUUACUCAAUUGUUGAUACCAUCCCAAUUAGUAGCUAGCUUUAAUUACUUAAUCUCUAUAUUUUCUUCUCAUAAAAGCCCGGCCCCUUUAUGAUUCCAUUCUAGUAGUUUUAUUUGCUAAAUUUGCAUAUGGGGGCUGGAUUUUCUAGCUUGGCGGAUCAUGAGAAAUUAACAAGUGAUGGUUCCUCAAAGCCUGGACUUGAAGACUUGUCGGAGAGCUGCAUAGCUUUGGUCCUUACGCACCUCGACCCCACUGAGAUCUGUAAAUUUGCUAGCGUGAAUACAACAUUCCGUCAAGCUUCCUUGACUGAUGUUGUCUGGGAAACAAAGUUGCCUGAAAAUUAUCGAAUUCUUGUGAAAAACCUCUGGGACGAAGGUUCAUGUUCCUACAGCUUAACCAAGAAAGAGAUGUUUGCCAGGUUAUGUCGUCCUAAUCAUUUUGGCACUAGCAAAAACAAGACGUUUUGGCUGGAAAAGAAUAGAGGGAUAUGUGUGUGUAUAUCGUGGAAGGAAAUGAAGAUAACAGGCAUAGAAGACAGGAGAUACUGGAGCCAUAACUCUUCUGAUGAAUCAAGAUUCGGUACAGUUGCAUUUCUUAAACAAAUAUGGUGGGUAGAAGUGGAAGGAAACCUGGAAUUCGAAUUCCCAGUAGGGAAAUACAGCCUAUUCUUUCGUCUGCAGCUGGGAAAAAACUCGAGAAAAGUACUAGGCCGACGAAUCUGCAAUGUUGAACAAGUCCAUGGAUGGAAUAUCAAACCGGUGCAGUUUCAAUUAUCAUCAUCAAAUGGUCAGCUUGCCACUGCACAAUAUUAUUUGAAUGAGCCAGGAAAAUGGACACAAUAUCAUGUGGGAGAUUUUGUGGUGGAAAAUUCUACCAUGCCAACAAAGUUAAAAUUCUCAAUGACUCAAAUUGAUUGCACCCACACUAAAGGUGGUCUUUCCUUAGACUCUGUGCUCAUUCUCCCUGCUGAGAUUUGACCGACAAAAGUAGGUUAACGUAAAUUGUAGGUACAGAUCAGUAAACAUGUGGGUUCGAAAUUUCAGUAGAGACAAGAAAGGUAGGUGAUUUCUUAACUACCGUUAUUUAAUUUUAGGAAAAAUGUAAUCAUAUAAAUUCCAGUCAACUAGCACAUGUUGCAGAUGAAAAUAAGUUUCUUUUGCUUCCUUCUUA